UUGGAAGCCAAAUAACGGCAUUGUCCCAUGAUUAUAUUUUGGUAUCUUCUCCUCUUUUGCUACUCUAAAAAUUCUUCCUUUUCUUCCCUUACACAUUCUCUCUUCAAUCCAAACAUGUCUUCAAAUAAAACCCAUCAACAAAUCCCUUCAAGAGUUCAUUCCAAUUCCGAUAAUCUCCCUUUUCUCUGUCCAAAAAAAUUGAGCUUGGAGACACAUAAUUCAAGCUCCAAUAGCCUCACACAUAUGGAGACACCAGAUGCUCAGCUAGGCCAAAAGAGAAACAGAAAAGGGGUUGCAAAAGAUGGAGAGACUGUUAAUUCUGUUGGUGGCGCUGAAUCAGAGCAUGAGGUUCACAUCUUGACUGAGAGAGAAAGGAGGAAGAAGAUGAGGAACAUGUUCACUAGCCUUCAUGCUUUGCUUCCUCAACUCCCCGCUAAGGCAGACAAGUCCACCAUUGUCGAUGAAGCAAUAAAAUACAUUAAGAACCUCCAAGAAACUCUUCAAACGCUACAACACCAAAGCCAAGAAAAGCUUCAAGGAGUAACAAUUGUUGACAGUGAACCAUCAGUUAUCACAUCACAUACAGAAGCACUUGAAUCCAGGGAAGCUUUUAUGGCUCUUCAGGGAUCAUCAAAGAGUUUCACUAUGGCUACGAACAUGCCUCUUUCGUUUCCAGUUUCUCUUCCCCCGUCUUGCUUCCAGACAUGGUUUUCUCCAAAUGUUGUAAUGAACAUGUGCGGGGGUGAUGCACAGAUUAGUGUGUGUUCACUGAAGAGGCCAGGGUUACUCACCAGCAUCUUCUAUAUCCUGGAGAAGCAUAAACUGGAUGUUGUAUCUGCUCAUAUUUCCUCAGAUCAAUUUCGUAGCAUUUACAUGAUCCAUGUUCAUGCUGGUGGGGUUUCUGGUCAGUAUCCAGAGGCAUUGUCAGUGGAAGACACAUUCAAGCUAGCAGCAGGAGAGAUGAACUUAUGGCUCCUGUCAUGUUGAUUCCAGACAGUCAAUGGGAAACAAGAACUUCCUCUACAGCUAUACCUUCCUCUACAGCCAUACCUUGCUCCACAGCCAGCAGGAGAGAUGCAUCUGAAAUACCUGAACUUUUAGAGCUACCUUGCUUUACUAGGAGUUUAUGUGUAUCCAGAGAAUAUGAUGUUCUAAUUAGCUUGCGUAUAGUUAAGCCAUUACUCUGUAGAAAAAUGCGUUGUAUUUCUGCAACAAUGGGGACCAAAAAAAGAAAAAGAAAAAAGUCAAGUGUAUAUAGAGAUCAAAGAAUUUAUAGAAGUCAAUUCUCAUAUAUA